ACCUCAAAAAAAAAAAAAAAAAAAAAAUCUCUCGCUAGAGCUCGGGAAAACUCAAAUGCCGAUUUCGAAACUCCGAUAAGAGCUCAGAAAUUCUGCGUCGCAGAUCCUGAAGAAGCUUCUCGAAGGUUCCUUGGAGAUUUUCUUUGGAAGUCGCGCUUUUUUUUUUGUUGAGCUUUUACUACUACAACUAUGGAGUCGAUACUGGCCCGGGCUUUGGAGUACACUCUCAAGUACUGGCUCAAGUCCUUCUCCAGAGACCAGUUCAAGUUGCAGGGUCGGACCGUGCAGCUUUCCAAUUUGGAUAUAAAUGGCGAUGCUUUGCAUUCGAGCGUUGGAUUGCCUCCGGCGAUCAAUGUGACAACGGCGAAAGUCGGCAAAUUGGAGAUUGUGCUUCCAUCAGUAAGUUAUGUACAAGUAGAGCCGAUUGUCGUUAAAAUCGAUAGGCUUGAUUUGGUUCUUGAGGAAAAUCCUGAUGCAGAUGCAUGUAAAAGUCCAAGCAGCUCUCAGUCAUCCUCUAGCUCGGCGAAGGGUAGUGGUUAUGGAUUCGCGGAUAAGAUUGCAGAUGGAAUGACUAUAGAGAUUUCUACUGUCAAUCUUUUACUUGAAACUCGCGGUGGUGCUCGACGCCAAGGAGGGGCGACUUGGAUGUCGCCUCUAGCAUCUAUCACUAUACGCAACCUCUUGAUGUAUACCACAAAUGAAGAUUGGCAGGUUGUAAAUCUGAAGGAGGCACGGGACUUCUCCGCUAACAAAAAGUACAUAUAUGUCUUCAAAAAACUUGUGUGGGAGUCACUGUCUAUUGAUCUCUUGCCUCAUCCUGAUAUGUUCAUGGAUGCUAAUGUAGCAUGCGCCCGAGAAGGCGGAAACCAGAGAGACGAUGAUGGUGCAAAGCGAGUUUUCUUUGGUGGGGAGCUUUUUCUAGAAGGAAUAUCAGGAGAAGCUUACAUCACAGUGCAGAGGACUGAGAUGAACAGCCCACUUGGGCUUGAGGUUCAGUUACAUAUUACAGAAGCCCUUUGUCCUGCACUAAGUGAACCAGGGUUACGUGCUCUUCUCCGCUUUUUGACCGGAUUCUAUGUCUGUCUUAAUAGAGGAGAUGUUGAUCCAAAGGCUCAGCAGAGAUCUACUGAAGCGGCUGGACGUUCUCUCAUCUCUGUUGUUGUUGACCACAUAUUUGUGUGCAUUAAGGAUGCUGAAUUUCAGCUCGAACUUUUGAUGCAAUCACUUUUCUUUUCUCGGGCCAGUGUUUCCGAUGGAGAAGAUCACAAUAACUUGACUAAGGUCAUGAUUGCUGGGCUUUUUUUAAGAGAUACCUUUUCACGGCCUCCAUGCACCUUAGUGCAGCCAUCAAUGCACGCUACUAUGAAAGAGACAGUGCCUGUUCCUGAGUUUGCCAAGAACUUCUGUCCUCCCAUAUAUCCUUUUGGAGAUCAGCAGUGGCAGUUAAUUGAGGGUGUCCCUUUACUUUGUCUCCAUUCUCUUCAAGUUAAGCCCUCCCCUGUUCCGCCAUCUUUUGCUUCACAAACAGUUAUCAACUGUCAGCCUCUUAUGAUUGAUCUUCAAGAGGAGUCCUGUCUGCGGAUAUGUUCAUUCCUCGCUGAUGGAGUUGUAGUCAACCCUGGUGCUGUUUUGCCAGAUUUCUCAGUGAAUUCAUUUAUUUUCAACCUCAAGGAGCUAGAUGUUACUGUUCCUUUGGAUCCAGACAAAUUGAAUUGUACUGCCAGCAACAAGGAUACCAUAACCCAGAACUCGUUUACCGGGGCAAGGCUUCAUAUUGAGAAUUUAUUCUUUUCAGAGUCACCUUCACUGCAAGUUAAGCUACUGAACCUUGAGAAGGAUCCCGUUUGCUUCUGUCUCUGGGAAGGGCAACCUAUUGAUUCUAGUCAGAAGAAAUGGACUACUGGAGCAUCACACCUUAAUCUAUCUCUUGAAACACCUACUGGGUUAAGUGGACCUCAGAAUUGUCAUAACUGGGCCUUUGGCCUCUGGAGAUGCGUUGAACUGAAUGAUGCUUGUGUUGAAGUAGCUAUGGUAACUGCAGAUGGAAGCCCAUUAACAAAUAUCCCUCCUCCAGGUGGAAUUGUCAGAGUGGGGAUUGCUUGUGAACAGUAUUUGUCGAAUACUUCAGUUGAACAAUUAUUUUUUGUCCUGGAUCUUUAUGCAUACUUUGGUAGAGUCAGCGAAAAGAUUCUCCUCAUCGGGAAAAGUGCCAGGCAAAAGAAAAGUAGUACUAGGUCUUCUUCUGGAAGGCUGAUGGAUAAGAUUCCUUGUGAUACAAGAGUAAGUCUAGCGGUGAAAGACCUUCAACUUAGAUUUCUGGAGUCUUCUUCCAUGAAUAUUCAGGGAAUGCCUCUCGUACAGUUUCUUGGGAAUAAUCUAUUUGUCAAAGUUACUCAUAGAACACUUGGUGGUGCAAUUGCCGUUUCGUCCACCUUAUGCUGGGAUAAUGUUGAGGUGGAUUGUGUGGACACUGAGGGACACUUUACUCAUGAGAACGGGACAGCGUUAACUUCCUAUGAAAAUGGCUUUUCAAUGUGUGAGAAUGGAUACCCUCAGCUAAAAGCUGUUCUUUGGAUACAUAAUCAUCGAAGAAACCAGCAAAAAAAUGGCAAUGCUUUCAUUGAACCAUUUCUGGAUAUAACAAUUGAACAUAUGAUUCCUUUGAAUGAAGUGGAUAGAGAGUGUCAUACUCUCAAUGUCUCAGCUUGUAUUUCGGGUGUCCGCUUAGGCGGAGGAAUGACUUAUGCUGAAGCCCUAUUGCAUCGUUUUGGUAUACUUGGCCCUGAUGGUGGCCCCGGAAAGGGGCUCUCUAAAGGAUUGGAUAACUUAAGGGCAGGACCAUUAUCAAAGCUUUUCGAAACAUCGUCUCUUGUUGCUGAUAGUCUGGAAGAGGAUGGAAGUUCAGGAGAUGGCAAAGAAAGCGAUCUUAUGCACUUGGGAAAGCCGGAUGACGUGGAUGUGUCUAUAGAGUUGAGAAACUGGUUAUUUGCUCUUGAAGGUGCACAGGAGAUGGCAGAAAGGUGGUGGUUUUCGGAUCAUGAACGUGUGGGCAGAGAAGAAAGGUGUUGGCACACAACCUUUGAAAAUCUGCGAGUAAGAGCAAAAAGUAGUCCAAAAAUUUUGAGGAAUGGAAAAUCACAUGGGAUAAAGGAAUAUCCUGUUGAAUUGGUUACGGUUGGUGUUGACGGCUUGCAGACCUUGAAGCCCCAUGCCCAAAAGAGUAUUCAUUCAGCUGUCCUGCCAGUAAAUGGGUUUAAAGAAACUGUGGAGACAUCUGGAGGCAUAAAUCUCGAAGCUCGCAUUGUGGCAUCAGAGGACACUGUUGAUGAUGAAACGGUGAAAUGGAUUGUGGAGAAUGUAAAAUUCUCCGUUAAGGAACCGAUUGAGGCCACAGUCACGAAGGAAGAGCUGCAAUACCUUGCUCUUUUGUGCAAGUCCGAAGUCGACUCGAUGGGUCGAAUAACUGCUGGAAUUAUACGGCUACUCAAGCUGGAGGGGUCCAUUGGCCAAGCAGCAAUGGAUCAACUAAACAACCUUGGAAGCGAGGGCAUUGACAAGAUUUUCUCCCCAGAAAGGCUUAGUACUUCAUCAAAUUUGAUUGGUGAAAACUCGCGUUUAACCUUGGAAUCAACGGUUGCAUCACUCGAAGAGGCAGUUGCGGACUCACAAGCCAAGUGUGCUGCUCUUAUAAGCAAUUUAGGCGGUUCAGAUUCUUCCCUACAUCUUUCUACCAUCAACCAACUCACCCAGAAACUUGAAAACAUGCAGAGUUUGUUGACGCAUUUAAGAACUCAGUUAUAGCUGUACCUUUCACCAUUUUCUUUUGUUGUUAUAGUUUGGGAUGAAAAGGUCCCAACUAUAUCUAUAUAUAUAUAUAUAUAUAUAUAUAGUGCAACCAUUCUUUUUGUAUAUAGCAUAGAUCAAUAUGAUUGCAAGUAUAUGUACAAGUCAGGCCAAAAUGUUGCUCUUCGUGUAGUUUAAAAAUUUUGUAUCGUAAAAUGAUGACUCCUC